GUUUUGUGGUCCGUGCUUGCCUUUCCCCGUCUCCAGUGUCAUCUUUUUCCCCCGACAACAUGAGCAAACUUGUUGAGCAACUCCUUGGCGUCGUCUUCGCCGAGCCAGAGGAGAAGGAGGAUCCUCCAGCGGACGAGGGUGCCGAGGAGGAAGAGGACGAGGAUGAUGAGGAUGAGGACGAGGAGGAGAUUGAGGACCCACUUGUUGAGAUCCGCAGCAAGUGCGAGGGCCACUGCCCACAGCUCAAGGCCGAGCUUGAGAAGUGUGCCGCCCGUGUCUCGUCCCGCAGCAACACCGAGGAGACGUGCACCCAGGAGCUCUUUGACUUUCUGCACUGCGUCGACCACUGCGUGUCGGAAGAGUUGUUCAAGCACCUGAAGUAGAGGGCUGGUGGCUGCUGCUGCCGCCGUCGCUUUGACUCUAGUUCGCACCAGAGCGCCAUUCGUUCUCUGGCACAUGCAAACCCACCCCCUCCCACCUCCUUUCCUUCUUCUCUCCAAGCACCCCCCCCCCCCCUUCACCCUUUAAUCUCCUCCACGACACGAUAUGCAUCCAUCCUCCAUGGCGCGUGCAGCCCUCUAUCCGUCCCAUCUGUGCAUGUGUGUUCGUUCGUUCAUGUAUGUGUGUGUUUGGUGGUUGUGUGUCUUGCUUCUGUUGUGGAAGCGUUAACGUGUGUGAAUCGAAGCUUGCGCGUGUAUGUGUGUGUGUUUUUGUGUGAGAUGUCGGUUUCCAACGUGUAUUGUACGUGUGUGACUCCUGUGUGCUUCUGUGCAUGUGUUCAAGCAAGUAAUGAACGAGUAAACCCGCCGUUCACACGCUGUUCGCCAGA